GCAAACCGUGUAAACCUCUGCUAGGUACUAGCUACGACCUUCAGAUCAACCUAGUCUUGUCGUCUCUGGGUCACUUCUGCUACGAUGGUCCGACUGAUAACUCACAACAUGUUGACGUGCCAUGUCAAAAACUGCACCAAGGAUAACUUCCCCCUCGUAUUCGAAAACGUAGAGCUCGAAGUCCGACCGGCGGAAUCCAACCUGGAUUUCAUCAAACGGUUCAUUCCCAAACUCGAAUGGGACGCGCUCGUACAAACGGCGAGGAGCAUAGGGGAGGAUAGUUUGCCGGAACAGAUGCCAGAGGACAAGGCGACACUAGAGAGUGAAGAGUUCCUGCAGAAGCUGCAUCAUGUGUUGAUGGAGAUUCACGUAGAAGAAGGGCAGAUGAAGUGCCGAGGGUGUGGACAUGUCUAUCCUAUCUCCACAGGGAUCCCCAACAUGCUAUUGGCUGAGCACGAAGUCGGACGAUAAGUCUCGAGCUGGCGCCUCCCUCCUCUUCCCAGUCUCAAUCCGCGCUGCGAAGGGUUCUCCACAAAAGCCCUACCUCUUUUGAAACGACUCGGCGAUAUAAUGAC